AUAUUUGGAAGGCCUCACAUCGCCUGAGGAAUAUUUGGAGGUUCAGCUGUUUGGAGGAGAGGUAGAAAGGAGAACAGGGGCACUAAGAAUGACAAUAAAGAGGGACAAGAAGGCUGAGAUUGAGAAAUAAGGGACAAUAAAGGUAAAAGUUAUCAGAAACAGUGGGGGAAAGUUGCGGCUGAAGCAAAGACAGUGAUCUAAAACAAAAGCUCAAAAAGGACAGAGAAGGAAUAAGGUGAGAAAGAAGUGAAACAACAUUGUUCAAAGUAGGAUCAGUUGAGGGAAAAGGAAAGAAUUAAAGCAGAUAUCAGGUUUUAGUUGCAGCAGAGAGGAUGAAGUUUAGUGAGAGGAAGGCGGCGCUGCUGGCCAUCACAGAAAACAUUGAGAUGGAGUCAUUCUCUUCAGACGAGCCCUGUGUGGUGAUAUCAACCCUGGAGAGGAAGGAAGAAUACAGCUUUCCCCAGAGAUACCUGGAGCAUCCUCUGGAGCCUGACUAUGAGGAGGAUCCAGAGCCAGAGGUCCAGAUUCAACCCAGGCACCAGACCAAGCCCAACACAGCGUCCCAGACCAAGGAAGACACCGAGCACCAUCCCCCUGUCUCUUCAUGGAGCUCCAUGGAGGAGAUAGAGAUAGAAAUGGAGGUGUUUCCUCCCCUCAAAGUGUCUGGGAGCGAGCUAGCAGAGAUCAAGUCAAACUAUCCUUCCAUCAUGACCCCGCCGUCCCCAAACAACGCUAACCGUCUCAAAUGGAAGAGACUGACUCCGCAGAAGACGGGCCUGGUGGUCAAAGAUGUGGUCUGUCUACCUAGAGGACAAUACCUGGAGCUGGAGAGACAAAUCAUUCCACGAGGCAAAGAACGAGCAGCUCUAUCAGCCAUGGGAAUGACUGCUCGCAUCACCAUUGACUAUGGCUGGUCAGCCAAUCAGAUGGAGAGUCGGCUGGUGACGCUUUUCCGAGGGCAAUUUGUCAAACGGAAAGGAGAAAGGUUUUCCUUCACUUAUUUACAGUGUGUGCCGGGCUCCAGGGUGCUGUUUGUCCCAGACACCCCUGCAGAGGGCUGGACCGGAGAGCAGCUACUCAGGAUCUCUGCACACGGUGCUUUGUAUAUCCUCAGCCACCAGGACGACCCGCAGGAAGAAUCCAAGCAGACAGCAAGCGAGACACCUGUGGUGGACAGGAAGGAGUUUUGUCUGGAAGCCAGCACAGAGAGCUGCCGAGACGAAGACAGUCAACUGGGAAAACAGACCCAGCAGACCAGUGUUCACAGAAACACAAAGGAGUUCACAUUAGACCUGGACACCAUCCUGAGACUGUUAAGACAAGAGAAUAUGGUUCAAGACGUAGAGACACACGUCCAGGUGAGGAGGAGAGAUCUGCUGCACAGCGCUCUGAAGGAGGUGAGGAGGCCGGGCUUCUGCUUCAGGACGACACCCAUCAUCUCCUUCAGCGGAGAGGAGACCGACGGCCACGAGGGGCCUCUCAGAGAGUUCUUCAGGUUGACUCUGCUCGAGCUGCAGCAAAGUUGUGUCUUCGAGGGUCAUCCAGGACGUCUCUUUCUGACCUACGACCUUACAGCUCUUGAUGAUGGGAAAUAUUACGAAGCAGGCGUUUUGAUUGGCUGGUCGCUGGCUCAGGGUGGUCCAGGACCUCGCUGUCUGCACCCUACACUCUACCAGUUGAUGUGUGGCCACAUUCCAUCUUUGGAGGACUUCAAUUGGAGAGACAUUGUUGACGCGGAAGUUCAACUCCGACUGCAACAGCUGCAAAGUUGCACUGAUGUGAGGUUGCUGUCUCCCAGUCUGUGUGACUGGGUGUCGAGCUGUGGGAUCCCUCAAAUCUAUUCAGCCGGUUCUGAUGAAAUACCAGCAUUCUACAUCCACCUGGUCAAACACUUCAUCUACCACAGGGUGGCCAGUAUGAUCUCCCAGUUCACCGAUGGAAUGAACAGCUGUGGUGGAUUGUGGGACACGGUACAGUCCCACUGGGAGGCGUUUGUGCCAGUGAUGACGAGCGUACAGCAGCAGCCUCUCACCUUGAAGGAGUUCAAACAGCUCUUCACUGUCUGCUACAGCCAACCAGACAGCCAGCUGAGGGCGGCUGAGGAGGCAACAGCUGGACACUGGGAAACAGUCCUUACCUUGGUCAGCGAUGGGCAGGCAGAUUUUUCCUUUGAAGACCUCCUCGCCUUCAUCACAGGAGCUGAUCAUCUGCCUCCUCUUGGGUUCCCCAGAUUGAUCUCCCUGCAUUUUUACUCACAGGAUGCAGGCACAUCGAAUGUGCGCCUUCCCCACGCCUCCACCUGUGCACUGGAGCUCUUCCUGCCGAGGGGAGCGACAGGGGCUGCUGACCUGUUGCUGUUGCUGAGCAGAGCCAUGCAUGAGGCCUUGGGCUUUACACGUUUCCAGGCAGAGGGAGAUGGAGAGGACAGCUGCACUGAAGUGAUGACAGGUUUAUGAAGUGGAAGCUCUCCCUGAUACCUCACAUCCUGCUGAAGUUGACUUUGUGGAGCUCAGAGGCUUCUGCAGGAUAUUACAGUAACAAUGACUGAGAAGAAAGCUAUGCCCCAGUUAGGUUAUAAAGGCUGGUCUAUGAUCUUUUAAUUGUUCCAGUAGUCACUGUAACUUGUGUGACCUGAUUGGGGAGCAUAGAACAAUUUUUACAUUCUUUAAAGCUGUAUUCAUACAAGUUGCACAGACAGUGCAAAUAAUUUCUUGUGCGUCAUGAGAAUAAUAAUGUAAUUUAGAAAAGUAGGAGGGAAUUCUUCAAGAUAAGUAUAUACAUGGUUAUUCCAACAUACUGGAGAUACCAAUUCUACAGUUAUGCACCUCCAACACACAUUUUCAGAAUUCCUCUUUUUUACAGAAUAACUACUUUGAUUAUUUAUUUAAUUUCACAUCUUGUAUUGUGUCUCUGCUGAUAUCUGCAAUUUGCUAUAUUAAGGAAAUAUUUUACACACUCAAAAUUUUCACUUGAUAUGAUUUUUUUUGUAUUUUCACAAGUUUUAAGGCAGAUCUUGACUAUGAAUGUUUUA